UCAUGUGAAAUGUUUCAGCGCAAAACUUUCGUUAUUGUCAUGAUGAAGCGCGACGGCUCUGCGCAUGCGCACUGGAGUCCGCCUGACCAAUUUCUCAGUACUCGUGGGAGAAUUUGGUUUCAGGUGAAUGAGUUUGGGGUCCUGGAGGUCAUAACAGAUGAGAUGGACGAGGAAAGGAGCAGAAAAGCUCACGCCACCACCACGUGGAGCGUCCCCACUGCUCAAGAGGGUCUUACUGAAGGUUCGGUGUCAGAGGAGAAGUCCUGGGUCGAGCGAGGUCUGGUGUGUGUCCGAUGUAACAGGAAGGGAUCUGUGGUGGACUUUCUGUCUGAUGGACUUCACUGUAGUGAGCGCUGUCUGGAGCAGACUCAACAACAAGAGCUGAAGAAAGAAAGUUCCAGUACAAAUGGAGAGAUGCUUGGAAGAAAGCGACCUCGCCUUGCAACAUCUGAAGAUGUGGACAGCUCAGUGGAAGCUGCUGAGGAAGAUGAUGAAGACUAUGAAAAGAAAGAAAGCAGACAGCCGGCACGAGGAGCAACGAGAGGUCGCAGAAAACGUAGAGGAGACGCAGCUCUGCUCAGAUACACGGUUCCUUAUGGAGGGAAGAAGAAGGUUUGGUGUUGGGCUUCAUAUCUGGAGCAGGAGAGAGCCAUCGCAGCCCCUUCAAAACUCUUCAGAGAGUAUCAGGCAUUACCACAGUGUAAGAAUGGCUUUAAAGUUGGCAUGAGGUUGGAGGGGAUCGACCCUGAACAUCCGUCCAUGUACUGUGUUCUCUCUGUUGCUGAGGUGUCGGGACAUCGAAUCAGACUGCACUUUGAUAAAUAUUCAGACUGCUAUGACUUCUGGGUAAACUGUAACUCUCCUGACAUUCAUCCAGUCGGCUGGUGUGAGAAAACCGGACACAAGUUACAUCCACCUAAAGGAAUGAAUGAGGAGGAGUUUAGCUGGUCAUCUUACAUUAAACUAAAUAAAAUACAGACAUCAUCCAAAGCUCUCUUUCAGAACCAGAACAUGACAGUGACGCCGUCUGGAUUUAGAGUUGGUAUGAAGCUGGAAGCUGUCGAUAAGAAGAAUCCUUCAUUCAUCUGUGUUGCCACGGUUACGGACAUGGUAGAUAACCGAUUCCUGGUGCACUUUGACAACUGGGAUGAAUCUUACGACUACUGGUGUGAUGCAACCAGCCCAUACAUUCAUCCGAUUGGAUGGUGUCAGGAGAACGGCAGGACCCUUACAACCCCUCCAGGAUAUCCUGAUGUGAAGAGCUUCUCCUGGGAGAGAUAUUUGGCAGAGACGAGCUCAUUACCGGCUCCCGCGCGCGCUUUUAAAGUGAGACCUCCUCAUAGUUUUCAGUUAAAUAUGAAAUUGGAGGUGGUCGAUCGAAGGAACUCUGCUUUGAUCCGGGUGGCCACGGUGGUCGACACGGAUGACCAUCGACUUCAGAUUCAUUUCGAUGGCUGGACAAAUGAUUAUGAUUACUGGAUAGAUGCAGACAGUCCAGACAUUCAUCCUGCAGGCUGGUGUGCUAAAACUGGUCAUCCACUUCAGCCUCCUGUGUCUUCUCAGGACAUGUUUGAGGUGUCCGAACAGGGCGGUUGUCCAACCCCAGGCUGUCGAGGUGUUGGACACAUCAAAGGAGCUCGAUACUCUGGACAUCACAGUGCUGUGGGUUGCCCGUAUUCUGACAUCAAUCUUAAUAAGGACUCGGUUCUUCCUGAUCGCUUGAGCGGAGAGAUGCCGGGCACUGGAGUGGGUCGCCCACGCAGAGCAGAACCGUGCCCUGACAAUCCUGCUAACACUAAUGAAAAAGCUGUCACUUCUGCCCCGGCUUACCCGGAUAAACCCAGCACAGCCAGCGCUGCCAUGGAAACCGCGGUUAAGAAGCCCGUAGGUACAGAGACCAAGCGAAGGGUUGGCAGGCCGUGUAAAGUUCGGAAGAUAGAGGAGCCAGCACAGGAGGAAGAAGCUGAGAGCGAGAGGUCAUCGGUCAUUGAAACCAAAGUAGAGUUGACUUUACAGCAGGCUUUGCAUCGGUCGGUCUUCAUGCCGUGUUUCAGUUCAUCUCCCAGUACACCUCAGUGUUGGGAUCAGCACAGUAAACUCCUGCCAACAGUAGAGGGGAUCACUGCCAGUAAAGUGGCAUCAUGGAGCGUGGACGAGGUGAUCGAGUUUAUUCAAGGCCUGCCGGGCUGCAUGGAGCAAGUCCACACAUUCAGAGAGGAGCAAAUUGAUGGAGAGGCAUUCUUGUUACUAACACAAGUAGACCUGGUGAAGAUCCUCAGCAUUAAACUGGGACCUGCUUUGAAAAUCUAUAACUCCAUACUGAUGUUUAAAACCACUGAGACAUCUGCCUGCAAUGAACUCUGAGCUCAACAAAGACAAAAAUGAAGUCAGGGUAUGAAGGGACUCUUCGUGAUCCUUUAUAAUAUAUGAAAUAUACACAACACAUGAUGUUAGAAUGAGAACGCUGAAGAUAUUGGUUUGCAGAGGCGGCAUUGGACAUCAUUAGAUGAUCAUGGUCACAGAUUUUGGCGACUUUUCUGCUCCAUCUGUUAUAAAUAAAUCUGUGUGCACUUAUAUUAUGUAAACUGGUUAUUAUAAUUGCAUCAUGUGCCCUUUCAUUAUUACAGAGGGGGAGAAUGUAUAUUUUAAGAGUUUUUCGUGACAGUACCUUUUCUCAAUCAGGUGCUAAACAGAUGCCACUGCACUGGAGUACAUUCAGAGAAACUGUAUGCACUUUUUAACCUAUGGAUUUUGCGAGGAACACUGUAUGUGACAAGUUCAUAGCAAAUUUAAUCUGCAGUUCACUCUUAAAAAAAAGAUGCUUCACGAUGCCAUACAAGAACCUUUUUUGUCUUAAUGCUUCCAUAAAGAACCGUCAACAUUUUAUCGUCAACAAAAUGUUCUUCAGAUUAUGAAAAGGAAUGAAAGAAAUUGUUCUUUAAAGAACCUUUGACUAAUUGGUUCUUUGAGGAACCAAAAAUGGUUCAUCUAUGGCAGAGUUCCUCAAAUUCUUCCCUGGAGACCCUGUGCUCUGCAGAGUUUAGCUUUAACCUUGAUCAAACGCACCUGAGCAAGCUAAUCAAUUUCUUCAUGAUCACUAGAAAAUCACAGAUAGGUGUGUUUGAUCAGGGUUGAUGCUAAACUCUGCAGGGCACUGGCUCUCCCGGGGAGGAUUUGAGGAACCCUGGUCUAUGGCAUCGCUUUGAAGAACCUUUAAAGCAUCUUUAUUAUUAUUAAAGGUGGGGUAGACUGUAAAACUGUAUUUAUCUAGGCAUAGAUGAAUAAUAAGAGUUCUGUACAUGGUAAGGAUUUAUGGUAAACUCAACAUAACACCAACUGUGACAUUAUGUAAACCCAACAUUACAUUACAUAUUUAAUUAUGAAUUAUGAAUUAUUAAUUAUUAAUAAUUAAUUUACAAUGCUAAAAACAAAGUUGUGACUGCUGUUAAUGCUAUAUGCUAGCGUUUAGGCUAAAGUUCUACUAUUGACAUUACAGUUACGUUUUGCAGGUCCAUACUGAAAAAACACAAACUUACCACUCAGAAACGUCCUAUAACAAUCUCCAAACAAUUAUUUAUUCCUCAAAAUCUGUAUUUUCGUCUGAUACAGACUUAAACAUAAGGUCUGUUUACACACAGACUCAGAGCUACUAAAAUGAGCUGCUAUGAGAAACAGCCAAUCAGAGCAGAGCUCAACAUUAUUAUUCAUGAUCCUUCCAAAUAAGGUAGUGAUAGACCAUUUUAUUCUAAAUGCAAAUCCUAGGGUUGUAAAUAGACAUGUAAAACCAUCUCUGGAUCAUUUUUGCAUUGAAUUAUGUCACAUACCUUCUAUGUAGAUAUCAGAGAACAAUUUAACCGAUUAUUUCAAUGCAUUUUUUGGGACUUCUUUGGGUUUUUGUUUGCUGGACACAUCACUGGAGAGACACAACUAUACACUAUAUUCUAGUAGUUUUUGUCAGUGUAAUCAGACAUACAGCAUUAACUGGGUUUCCCUCAUUUUGAACUUUGUAAAAUUCUGAUUUCUUGAUGCUUAUUUCUAGCGAAUUUACAUAAUGAUGCAUAUAGAUCAUAGAAAUGUUGCAUCUACUCUUCUUUGUAAAGUAAUGGUACUAAGUCCUUUUAAGAAGUUAAAUCGUAAAAUCAUAAUGUAAAUUAUUUCUGCUACACCAACUGCAAAUGUUUCACUCUACCCAUUACAUUUCUGUCAUAUUUAGUGCAUCUGAACAGAAGUAAAAGCAUCUUAAGGCGCUAUGCAAUGAAAUUAGAGAGAGUAAAUGUCUCCUGAGACAUUAAAAACAUUCAUCAUCAGAAGCAGAUGGAGAAAUAAACACACUGUUCCUCUGUCAUGCGAUUCAUUCAUCACUGUAUCCUACUACAAUAUGACACUGUGUGUGUUUAUGUUGUGUAUUCUUAUACACACAGGCUGGAGUUUAAAAGAUUAUUCCACUUUUUUAUAUAAAAAUACUGAUAAUUUACUCACCCCCAUGUCUUCCAAGAUGUUUGUCUUUUUUUGUUCAGUCAAAAAGAAAUUAAGGAAAAUAUUCCAAUUUAGUGGACUUUAGUGGACCUCAACAGUUUACAGUUUCAAUGCAGCUUCAAAGGGCUCUAAACGCUCCCAACUGAGGCAAACAUCUUGGAAUGUUUUCCUCAAAAAAUGUUUCGACUGAACAAAGACAAACAUGAACAUCUUGGAUGACAUGAGGGUGAGUAAAUUAUCAGAUUUUUAUUAUUUUUAUGAAAGUGGAGUAUUCCUUUAAGGGCAGAUUAGAUUAGAUUCACACUAGCAGUCACACAAAUCUUUCCUUUGUAUGACGAUGUUAAAGAAGUGGAAAGGUUAAAGCUACUCAAGGCAUAAAUACUGUGAGAGCCAUGUUUACUUACUUGUAAAAUAAUGCAGAAUAGUGUGACCCCAAACUUUGUUUUUACCAUAUUAGGAGAAAUGUGUUAUCAUGAUACAAAUACUAACUACAAAACAUUUAAAGUGUUUAUGAGGUCUACAGGUGGUGAAGAGCUUCACAUAAUUUUCAGUUGAAUUAUUUGACUGUAGAAAAUGUUAUGCUCAUAUUAUGGUGUGCAUUCAUUUAUAUAACAUCAAGUGUAAACAAUAUUAUACUGAAGGCUGUUUUCAGCUGUAUCAUUUCAUCUUUGGGUUCAUACGAACCAACAUUGAACAGAUUGUUUUGAAACUUUGAGGUUGUUUGUGAAAAUUAAUAUAAAAGUGUGUAAAUAAGGAAUGAUUUGUGUGGAAGUUCAGCUCAUUGAUAUUAAUAUUCACUGUAAUCCAUUUACAGCAAAUAAAAAGAAACCUGAUGA